CCCACCCCCCCCACCACUCUAACGGGACCGAUCGGAGCAGUGGCAGCCCGCGGAUCAGUCAUCGUCGGUCAGAUCGCAACCGCGCAUCAAACGCACCGCCGGAGGAAUGCCGGAAAAUCCAGCGGACCUGCAGGGCGCCGUGGCUGCCGUGGAGCGGCUGCAGGCGCGGCUGCGCGAGCUGAGCGCCGGCGACGGCGACGCCAGCGGCGGCGGUGCCGCCGACGACGACGACGGCGGCGGCGGCGGGGACGGCGACGCGAUGGACGUGUGCGAGCGGCGGCUCGGCGCCCUGCGGGCCACCCUCGAAAGCCCCCUCUUCCAGCAGAUCCUGCGCCUGCAGAGCUCCGUCCGGCACCUGCGUGACAAGGCGACACAGCUGCCCGGCGAGGUGGAGUUCGGCGUGGCGGAGCAGCUGGGGCUGUCGGCGACGGCCGUGCCGUGCUCCCGCUCGCCGGUGCUCACCUCGGCGCUGGUGUGCGGCGAGCCGUCCGGCUUCGGGCUGCUGGUGCAAGAGAUGGCGCAGGGGCGAGUGGUGGAGUGCGUGGAGCUGCAGAGGCCGCGUGGGGGCACGCCGGGCGGCCUGGGCUUCCGCGUGGCCGGCCUGCGCAGCGACGAGAGGGGCGACCUCGGCAUCUUCGUCCGGGACAUCGCCCUGGGCGGCACGGCUCACCGGGACGGGCGGCUGCGUGAAGGCGACCAGAUCUUGGCGAUCAACGGGCUGCCGCUGGACACGAGCGUGUCGCACGCUUGCGCCGUGUCGCUGCUGCAGCAGGCCGCGGGCCCCGUCACGCUGCUCGUCGCUCGCCCACCGUGCCGGCCCGGCGACGACGAUGGCGGCGGCGGCGGCAUCCCGGCGGAGGGCGACGUCCCGCCGUGGGGCUGGGAGCGGGCGGUGGACACGGUGGAGCUGACCAACGACGGCUCGGGGCUCGGCUUCGGCAUCGUCGGGGGCAAGGGCACCGGCGUGGUCGUCAAAACCAUCCUGCCCGGGGGGGUCGCCGCUCGCGAUGGGAGGCUGCAGAGCGGAGACCACAUCCUGCAGAUCGGGGACACGGACGUGCAGGGCAUGGGCAGCGAGCAGGUGGCCCAGGUCCUGCGCCAGUGCGGCACGCACGUCAAGCUGGUGAUCGCGCGCGGCCUGAGGGAGGCCGAGCGCCCGUCGCCGCCGUCGUCGCCGCCGCCGCCGCAGUCCCCUGGGGGGUUGUCGUCGUCGUCGUCCACCCGGUCGGCCUCGAGGGAGGAGGAGAUCCCCUCGGUCGCCUCCCUGCACGCCCUCCGCUCGGAAGAGCAGGGCGAAGGGGUGGGUGGCGUCGAGGCCUACGAGGUGGAGCUCACGAAGGACACGCAGGGGCUGGGCAUUACCAUCGCUGGCUACGUUGGCGAUAAGAACUCUGAGCUGUCGGGAAUCUUCGUGAAGAGCAUCACCCCGGGCAGCGCCGCGGAGCACGACGGGCGCAUCUGGGCCGGGGACCAGAUCAUCGCCGUGGACGAGACGGACCUGCAGGGCUUCACCAACCAGCAGGCGGUGGAGGUGCUGCGCCGCACCGGCAGGACGGUGCGCCUCACACUCGCCCGCCGGGAGCCGCGGCACGGCGCGGCCGCCGGCGGGCGCCGCUCCUCCCGGCACAGCCCCGGCUCGGGGUCGAGCGAGGGCGGCGACGACGACGACGGUGACGACGGUGACGAGGUGGAGGAAGAGGGGCGACGGCGCUCAACCUCUCCCGGCGGCCGGCGCGGGCUCGGCAGCGGCGGCGGCAAGCGAGAGAAGAUCUGGAGCGCCGACGCGGAGACGGACGCCCCCAGCGUCACCGUCACCAUCUCGCCCUCCAGGCCCGGCGGUGUGUGGGGCGGCGCGAGGCGCACCAGCGGCGGUGGCGGUACCACGCUGAGCGCUGCCGGCACGGACAACGAUGAGGAGGAGGUGGACGAUGCUCGUGGGCGGGAGGCCGAGCGGCGUCGCUUCCUCCCCGGAAUCAAGGCCUCCACCGAGGACGACGACGUCGUCAGGGCCAGCUGGCAGAACAUCCUCGGAGCGGGGAAAGAAGUGGUGGUGUCGCGCGUGUUCAAGACGAGCGAGCGCAGUGGCCUGGGCAUCAGCCUCGAGGGCUCCCUGGGGCACCACCACAUCCGCUCCAUCCUGCCCGAGGGGCCCGUGGGGCGCAGCGGCCUGCUGCUCAGCGGGGACGAGCUGCUGGAGGUGAACGGCACGCGCCUGCUGGGCCGUGCCCACCGCGAGGUGGUGGCCAUCCUCAAGGAGCUGCCGCUCGCCGUCACCAUGGUGUGCUCCCGGCACGCCCACGACUACGACGCCGGCGCCGGCGGGCAGAGCGCCUCGUCGCCCGGCCAGCUCGGGUUGCCCGCCCCGCGGCUGCCACCUUUCGCGUGGGGAGGCAGCCAACAGAGUCUCGCCAGCUCUGACCACAGCCUGGGCCAGAUGUGGUCCGGGGGUAGCCCCCCCGCGUCUCCAGAUGGCGCUCUCGCGGCCGGCAGGCCCAAGGCUCCGGCCGCGACGAACCUCGGACCCCAGAGUGGCGUCUCCUCCUCCUCCUCGUCUCCCGCGGCGUCGCGGACGGAGACGGAGCGAGCGCCGUGGAGCCCGGACGACGGCGGCGCCGGAGUCGUUCUCGGGGGACCCCGGAGCGCCGGGCCGGUGGGGGGGGGCGCGACGGGGACAGAGCCGAGGAGGGGGAGGGGGGGGGUGGCGGCGGUUGCCGGAGGGCAGCAGCCCAUGUGGGACUCGGAGGUGCAGUGGAUCGAGCUGGAGAAGGGCAGCCAGGGGCUGGGGUUCAGCAUCCUGGACUACCAGGACCCGUGGGACGCGGACCGCAGCGUGGUGCUUAUCCGCUCGCUAGUGCCGGGCGGCGCCGCCGAGCGGGACGGCCGCCUGCUGCCCGGCGACCGCCUGGCGUUCGUCAAUGAGCGCGACCUCACCGGCGCCGGCCUGGAGGAGGCCGUCGCGGCCCUCAAGGGGGCACCGGCGGGCACCGUUCGCAUCGGCGUGGCCAAGCCCCUGCCGCCCGACCCGGCGCCGGGCUCCUCGGGCCGUCACGCCGGCCGCGACGCUGCGGCCGUCACCAGGGAGACGCAGCUCCCCGGCGCCGCCGCCCCCGUCGCUAGGGCGGCCGUCGCCACGGCGACCCCGUACCGCACGCGGGGGUUCCAGCUGCCGCCGCGCGCGCCGCGCGUGAGCUCGCCCCUCUUCCACGCCGAGCUGGCGCUGGUGGAGCCCACCGAGUCGGAGGCCUUGGAGUCGUCGUCCACCUCGGGGCAGUCCCACGGCUCGACCUCGCAGGUGAGCGACGGGAUCACCCGCCCUCCGUCCGAGUUCGAGAAAACCAUCACGGUGAACAAAGGGACGUCCAGCCUCGGCAUGACGGUGACGGCGGACCCGGAGGGCGCCGGCAUGAUGGUGCGCAGCGUGAUGCACGGCGGGGCGAUGGGGCGCGACGGGCGCGUCACGCCAGGCGACGUGCUGGUGGCCGUGAGCGGGGAGCGCGCCGCCGGCCUUGGCAGCGCGCAGGCUCGGGCCCUGCUGCGCAAGCACUCGCUCAUCGGGGCGCAGAUCGAGUGUGAUGGGCCCUCCGUGGGGCCCAGGGAGGCCCCUUCCCUAGAGCUCACGUUCGUGAGUGCGGGCGACCUGGAGGAGUACCGGGAGAGUCGGCGCGCGCACGCUGGCGCCGCGGCAAGCAGAGAAGCCGAUCUGCCGGAGCGAGAAGCGGGCGAGGGGGAGGAGAGCGACGAGCGGGGACCCUCGCAGGUUCACUGGGGGCCCCCCCGCCGGGUGCUGGUGGACCGCGACCCCGGCGGGCGCUCGCUGGGCAUCAGCAUUGUGGGCGGGCGAGGGAUGGGGGCGCGCCUGACGCCGGGCGAGGUGCUGCGGGGGAUCUUCAUCAAGCACGUGCUGCAGGACAGCUCCGCGUCGCGCCUCGGGGGGCUCAAGGAGGGCGACCGCAUCCUGGAGGUGGGUGGUGAGGACCUCCGUGACGCCAGCCACGAGCGGGCGGUGGACGCCAUCCGGCGAGCGGUGCACCCCGUCGAGUUCGUGGUGCAGAGCCUCGUGCCCAGAGCCCAGUCGCGGCAAAAGUUUGCCGCGCCGCGGCAAGACUGCAGCCUUAAGCCUAGCAACCCUUUCUACCACCUACUAACCCAGGUCAAACGCUUUCGCCGUCCAUUCCGUUGCGUGCGCGCGAACGCCUCCGCUGCUGCCGCCGCCGCCGCUUUGUUCCGGGGCGUCCUCUGCUGCGUCCGACCUCCGACCUCCGCGGCCGCUCGGGGUCGCCGGCGAUCGGCCGCGUCGCUUGCCAAGUCGGCGGGUAGCCUAGACGCGCCGCCGCUGCCACCGCCGCCGGCUUCGCCCCCCCCAAAGCCUCCUCCUCCGUCCCUGUACAACCCCUUCCUCUUCCACGCCGCCACCGCCGCUGACCCCCGCCAGCAGGACGCCGCCGGCGCUCGCGUGGGGUCGGAGGUUGCCGCGACGGGGACGGACGAGGAGGAGGAGGAGGACGAGGGGGAGGGGAGCGGGGAGGGAGGGCGGCACGCGGACUUCCCGCUCGGAGCGCCGCCGACGCCGCCGCCGCCGCAGCAGCCAGUGCCGGGCGGCGUGGGGGAGCCGGCGUCGUGCGCCAUCGUGCCGGGCCUGGAGACGCGCAUCGCCAUCGCCAAGGGACGCACCGGCCUGGGCCUCAGCAUCGUGGGCGGCACCGACACGCUGCUGGGAGGCAUCAUCAUCCACGAGGUCUACGAGUCCGGGGCUGCGGCGAAGGACGGACGCCUCUGGGCGGGCGACCAGAUCUUGGAGGUGAACGGAAUCGACUUGCGUUGCGCGACGCACGAGGAGGCGAUCGCGGCGCUGCGCCGCACGCCGGCCACCGUGCGCCUCAUCGUGUUCCGGGACGAGGCUCAGGACCCCCCCCCUCGCGACGCGCCGGACGACGACGGCGGGGGGGGCAGCCCCCCCACUGAGCGUACGUGGGGCCCCCCGGAGCCUCGGGUCGAGUACGAGCAUGAUCCGCCACGGCAGCCACCACAGCCGCUUCCACAGCAGCAGCUCCCGCUGCAGCAGCAGCAGGGGGGGGAGGUGGCAGACGAAGUGCAGGCCGGAGACGAGGCGCAGGAGGCGGCCGCACCGGCGCCCGCCUCACCGGCGCACCACGGAGACCCCUCCUGGGACGAGCGCAGGCCGGGCCAGUGCCGCACCGUGGUUCUUCACCGGGGCCCCGAGGGGCUCGGCUUCAGCAUCGUGGGGGGCCGCGGGAGCCCCCACGGAGACCUGCCCAUAUACGUGCGCAGCAUCUUCAGCAAGGGAGCGGCGGCUGAGGACGGGCGGCUCCAGCGGGGCGACCAGAUCGUGGCGGUGAACGGGGAGGCGCUGGAGGGGCGCACGCACGAGGAGGCGGUGGCCGCCCUGAAGCGUGCGGCGGGCACCAUCACGCUGAGCGUGCUGUCCUGACGGACGCGGCGGGGGGGGGGGGGGUCCCGACGGCGGCGGCGGCGGCACAAGAGGGAGGGAAAGACCGCGGCGAAUUGUCACGAACAAAACAUGCGCGCGCAGAUUUCGUUCGCUCUCGGGGACGCGCGGUGGAGAGAGGGCGGGGGGGGGCUGGAGAGUUCCCGGUGAUUAUCCCUGAGGAGGUCAGUCUCGACGCGGAGGCGGGAGGUCGACGUUAUUCCCUGAACGUAUUUUUCUUCGGCUCUACUUUCUUUUUUUUCGUCUACUCGGUCGCUCCACGUCCAAAGAAACGCUGAGGUUACGUACAACGCUGCGGGCUGCAUCGGGUGGGGAGCGGCGGGGCGGAGGUGGGGCUCCCAUUCAUUCAUUGACGACACACGUAUGUACACGUGUGUUGAACUUGUUUCGCACCGUACGUAGCCAACCGUGCUAAUUGGAGGAGCAGUGUUGAGUCUGUGGGCAGUGUUGAAUCUGUGGGCAGUGUUGAGUCUGUGGUGCAGUGUUGAGUCUGUGAGCAGUGUUGAGUCUGUGGGCAGUGUUGAGUCUAUGGGCAGUGUUGAGUCUGUGGUGCAGUGUUGAGUCUGUGGGCAGUGUUGAGUCUAUGGGCAGUGUUGAAUCUGUGGGCAGUGUUGAGUCUGUGGUGCAGUGUUGAGUCUAUGGGCAGUGUUGAGUCUAUGGGCAGUGUUGAAUCUGUGGGCAGUGUUGAGUCUGUGGUGCAGUGUUGAGUCUGUGGUGCAGUGUUGAGUCUGUGGGCAGUGUUGAGUCUGUGGGCAGUGUUGAGUCUGUGGGCAGUGUUGAAUAUAUGGGCAGUGUUGAGUCUAUGGUGCAGUGUUGAGUCUAUGGGCAGUGCUGAGUCUGUGGGCAGUGUUGAGUCUGUGGUGCAGUGUUGAGCCUAUGGGCAGUGCUGAGUCUAUGGGCAGUGCUGAGUCUAUGGGCAGUGUUGAGUCUAUGGGCAGUGUUGAGUCUAUGGGCAGUGUUGAGUCUGUGGUGCAGUGUUGAGUCUGUGGGCAGUGUUGAGUCUAUGGGCAGUGUUGAAUCUGUGGGCAGUGUUGAGUCUGUGGUGCAGUGUUGAGUCUAUGGGCAGUGUUGAGUCUAUGGGCAGUGUUGUAUCUGUGGGCAGUGUUGAGUCUGUGGUGCAGUGUUGAGUCUGUGGUGCAGUGUUGAGUCUGUGGGCAGUGUUGAGUCUGUGGGCAGUGUUGAGUCUGUGGGCAGUGUUGAAUCUAUGGGCAGUGUUGAGUCUAUGGUGCAGUGUUGAGUCUAUGGGCAGUGCUGAGUCUGUGGGCAGUGUUGAGUCUAUGGUGCAGUGUUAAGUCUAUGGGCAGUGUUGAGUCUAUGGGCAGUGUUGAGUCUAUGGGCAGUGUUGAGUCUGUGGUGCAGUGUUGAGCCUAUGGGCAGUGCUGAGUCUAUGGGCAGUGCUGAGUCUAUGGGCAGUGUUGAGUCUAUGGGCAGUGUUGAGUCUAUGGGCAGUGUUGAGUCUGUGGUGCAGUGUUGAGUCUGUGGGCAGUGUUGAGUCUAUGGGCAGUGUUGAAUCUGUGGGCAGUGUUGAGUCUGUGGUGCAGUAUUGAGUCUAUGGGCAGUGUUGAGUCUAUGGGCAGUGUUGAAUCUGUGGGCAGUGUUGAGUCUGUGGUGCAGUGUUGAGUCUGUGGUGCAGUGUUGAGUCUGUGGGCAGUGUUGAGUCUGUGGGCAGUGUUGAGUCUGUGGGCAGUGUUGAAUCUAUGGGCAGUGUUGAGUCUAUGGUGCAGUGUUGAGUCUAUGGGCAGUGCUGAGUCUGUGGGCAGUGUUGAGUCUAUGGUGCAGUGUUAAGUCUAUGGGCAGUGUUGAGUCUAUGGGCAGUGUUGAGUCUAUGGGCAGUGUUGAGUCUGUGGUGCAGUGUUGAGCCUAUGGGCAGUGCUGAGUCUAUGGGCAGUGCUGAGUCUAUGGGCAGUGUUGAGUCUAUGGGCAGUGUUGAGUCUAUGGGCAGUGCUGAGUCUAUGGUGCAGUGUUGAGUCUAUGGGCAGUGCUGAGUCUAUGGGCAGUGCUGAGUCUAUGGGCAGUGUUGAGUCUAUGGACAGUGCUGAGUCUAUGGGCAGUGUUGAGUCUAUGGGCAGUGCUGAGUCUAUGGGCAGUGCUGAGUCUAUGGGCAGUGCUGAGUCUAUGGUGCAGUGUUGAGUCUAUGGGCAGUGCUGAGUCUAUGGGCAGUGUUGAGUCUAUGGUGCAGUGCUGAGUCUAUGGGCAGUGCUGAGUCUAUGGGCAGUGUUGAGUCUAUGGUGCAGUGCUGAGUCUAUGGGCAGUGUUGAGUCUAUGGGCAGUGCUGAAUCUAUGGGCAGUGUUGAGUCUAUGGUGCAGUGUUGAGUCCAUGGUGCAGUGUUGAGUCUAUGGGCAGUAUGUACGUAUGUUGAACUUCUUUCGCACCGUACGUAGCCAGCCGUGAUAAUCGGAGGUGGCUUCCGAAUGUCGACAAAGAGCGGCGUUCCGGACAGCGCAUCUGAGAGCGCCGCGCGGCGCGACGGCCAGAAGCCGCGAUGGCGCUUGGCACCAGCUGCGGCGACGUAUUUGUCGCUCGCGACGGUGUACACGCACCGCCGUGUCCCCGUGUCCCUGUGUGUACACUCACCGCUGUGUACCUGUGUGUACACUCACCACGUGUCCCCGUGUUCACAUAUUCCCAUGUCUCCAUGUCCCCAUUGUCCCCAUUGUCCCCGCGUGUAGAGAUUUGCAGUGUUCCUCAUGAAUGCAGUGCCGUGUGUUCGUGUCGAGUCGUUAGUGCAGCGUCGCGCGUUCGAGUCGUUAGUUCGUGUCGUUCGUUCGCUUCGUGUAUCGUGCGUUCGCUUCACGCGUUCGCGUGUCGUGCGUUCCAGUCGUGUGUUCGUGUCGCGUAGGCAGUGCGAUCCAUCGGCGGGAACAACGCGAGGCAAAUAAAGGUUAUGUCGAGUUUAA